AUAGGUGGGGAGAUGAGGACUACAGUAGCCUCACCCAUUCAAAGAGAAGAAAUAACUUGGAUCUAGGAAGACACUCCAAAAAUGUUUAGUCCCUCAUACAGAAGUUCAAGUCCAUUUUCUCUCACGGACCUCAACAUGUGGGACACCAAAUCUUGCUUUUCAGCUCAGACCUCAGCAUGGUAUGGUAUGACAACUGGAGCAGGAUUUCUGUCCAAAGUCAGUGCAAGCACAUCUGGGAGCACUGGUGGCUUCAGACAAAAUGACCCAGGUCUAAGGAAGUGGCAAUCAUUGUCCCAUCUGGCACUUGAGGGUGCACCACAACCUUUUCCUCCAUCUCCAAGGGAAGAAUUAAGGGCUGCCCGAGGUGAAAGCAGCUUUAGACAAGCACAAGGGGUGCAAUGGCUGCAGGAUGCUCAUGAGCGUUUAGACACUCAGCUGGACCGACUGAGGACCAGAAAUUCACAGCUGAGCUACAACAUAACUACUGCACAACUGUUUGACAUGAAACGUAAGCAGCUGUCAGAAACGAUGGACGCUCUUGAGCAAGAGAAGGAGGCAGCUGGAUUAUCCCAAUUUGAAAAGAGUCGGCAACGUGGAGAGCUUCAUGAAAAGGUCCUACAACUGGAAAAGGAAUUGUUGCAAAUGAGGUCUUCUUUGGACAGAGCAAGCAAUGAUCAACUAAAUGAAAGAACUCCUGGCUCGCUCUGCAGAACAUUACCAAUGAGUCAAGAAGACUUUAACAGGCAGGAGAGGCAGAAGGUUGACACAGAGCUAUGCAAGCUGAGAGAGGCUCUGAGAGAAGCUGAGACGAGGGCAAAGACACACGAACAAGAACGAAACCAGGCACUCCAGAAACUCCAGACUACUACAGAGACACAGAGGGCGCUGUUGAAUCAAGUAGAGGAGAUGAAUCAUAAAAGACAGAAUCACUCUGACAUGCAAAAACAGCUGAAUGAAGCUAACAACAAGAUCAGCCAAGCAUGCCUGGAAAAAGCCCUCUUGUCAACUCAAGUGCUAAAGCUGGGGAAUAAUAUAAAAGAACUGAAGGCCAAACUGACAAUGGCUCUGUCUAACAAAGAUUGCCUGAUGCAGGAGAAAGCAGAUCUGCACCAGAGGGCCCAGGUCCUGGAGCUGCAGCUACAGAGGGCCCAACAAGGUUCAGAGGGUUGUGACACUGAGUCCCACAACAAACAGGAUCAGGAAACUGUUCUGAUGAAGGGAGAAUUUAAGGCUCUUAAAGAGGUAAAUGAAAAGCUGUCAUUUGAGCUUGAAAUGAUUGAGCGGAAACUGAAAACAUCACAGACUCAGCUACAGGAGGUAACAGCAGAGAGGGACACCAAUUCCAAACAGAUCACAGAUCUGGAGGCAGAACGAUCUCAGCUGAUCACAGAAAAAGAGGAGCUGUUGAGUAAAAUUAAUGAAUGUGGACAUGAGGAGUUAAUGGAGAUGAAAGAAAAGUUCCUGCAGCUGAGGGAAUCUGUGGCCGUUUUGGUAUUAGAAAAACAGAAACUGCAGGAUCAGUGCUUGUGUUUGGAGGCUGAGGUUCUUGAGAAGGAGGAGAAGCUACACCUGCAAGACAGACAGCAUCAGGAACAAGAUGCAGUGAGCGUUCAGAGCAUCGAGGAACUAAAAGCUGUGGCCUCGCACUGGGCAGAGAAAUGGCAAAAAGUGGCUUUGACCCUGCAGUCCACACAGGAGGAGCUAGAGGAACUCAAAAAGAACAACUCCAGAAAUGAACUCCAAGUGGAAGCUGAACAUCUGGAAACUGAGAUUGAAAACCUUCAGAAAGAGGGCCUGAAAAGCAGGGAAGAAAUUGAGAAUCUGCUGCAGCACAAAGCUGAUUUGGAAACAGUCCUGACCAAAGCAAAGAAAUCAGACUCACUGCUAAGGGUUGAGCUUGACGCAUGCAAACAAGAGCUUGAGCUGGAAAGGAGCAGAAGUCAGGUUUUGCUUCAAAUAUAUAAAGAUAAAGGCAGUGAAGCCUCAGUGCAGACUGAGGACACAGAGACACAGACAGACUUAUCAGAAUCCUCUUUGUUAUGGGAGCAACCAUCAGACUCUCACAGCAGCCAAAACAAAGCCCCUCAGGCAUCUCAAGAUGAUCAAGAUGAUGGAGGCCAAGCAAAUGUCUCGACCACUGACUCACUGAGGGCCCAGCUGGAAGAGAGCAGGAAGAGGAUGAAUCAGCUGAAGCAGGGGGAAACAGCAAUCCAGAAGCUUCAAACACUGAGGCAGCUUUACCUGGUUAAAGAUGACAAACCAUCUGUUGAAGGCAGAAAAGAUAAAACUGUCUGUCCAGUUAAUCUGGAGACAGAGCAGCAGAGGAGGAUGGUCACUGAGCAGUUAAAGAGUCUGUUUAAGGAGCGAGAAGUAAAGGAGGUGGAAAAGGCUGACAACAGAUCAGCAGCAGGUCAGACUGAAGCAUCCUCACUACAAGACUGGUCCCAAACAUCUAAAGUUUUAAGGAAUCCAGUGGACAGGAGGAGCUGGCAGCAGGGCCCAGGUUUGAUGCCAGUGUUUGAGGAGGAUGAGGAGGGCAGUGACUGGCCAGGAGGGGAGGAGGGAAAGCAAGCAGAAGAGGCUCAUGCUGAGGAAAACUUCCACAACCAAAGCCAACAGAUUUCAACUAUGAGUGCAGAAAUCUGCAAUCUGAAGGCAAAAAAUGAGAAUCUGCUGCAAGCCACACUAAGGUACAAGCAGCCAACCCAGGACUGCCCUUCUGCUGCCAAGAAACUAUCAGACAAGUCCUCUCACUGGUCAGAUGAGAUUGACCUGCAGCAGAAGAGGUCACCUUUCCUCUAUCCUGAUGGAAUAUUCCUGGCUGAGCUUGUAGAUAUCUGUAACCCUAAUGAAGAUGAAGAGGAGGGAGAGGACAAAUGAUGUGUUUUUGUUAAGACUCCUGCAUUGCUAUAUACAAGUCUACACAUAGACCAGUCAUUACAGAGUGCUGCACCAGCUAAUGUGGUGCCUUGUAGCUUAUACUGUAUGAUUUAUUUUUUUUACUCAAAUGAAAUUUAAGGACUAAUUCACUUCAACAAUUUAAAGACAAGAUUCUGCUUAGGUGAUACUUUAACCUCAGACAAUAGUGAUAAUAAAAGUCACCAA